GAAAGUAGCAAGCAAAGCGCGUUCGAUUUCUACUUCUGUUUCCCGAUUCAGAUAGAGAGCGAGAGAGGGAAUGGUGACGUACGUGAGCGCGUUGUUUUACGGAGUAGGAGGGAUAGUCGUCGCAGGCGUGGCACUUCUCGUUGCCUUCCAGGAGAAGCUUGUCUACGUCCCUGUUCUUCCUGGUUUAUCCAAGUCAUAUCCCAUCACUCCCGCUAGGCUUAAUCUAAUCUACGAGGAUGUUUGGCUUCGAUCGUCAGAUGGUGUUCGGCUCCACUCUUGGUUCAUCAAAAUGUUCCCUGAUUGUCGAGGUCCAACCAUUCUAUUUUUCCAGGAGAAUGCUGGGAAUAUUGCUCAUCGUCUAGAGAUGGUUCGCAUCAUGAUACAAAAACUCAAGUGCAAUGUAUUCAUGCUUUCAUAUCGCGGCUAUGGGGAAAGUGAGGGUUAUCCGUCACAGCAAGGAAUCAUAAAAGAUGCUCAGGCUGCGUUGGAUCACCUUUCUCAAAGGACAGACAUUGAUACUUCUAGAAUAGUUGUGUUUGGAAGGUCCCUUGGAGGAGCUGUUGGAGCUGUGCUUACCAAAAACAAUCCUGAAAAGGUAUCUGCGUUGAUUCUGGAAAAUACAUUCACAUCCAUUCUCGACAUGGCUGGUGUUUUGCUACCCUUCCUGAAGUGGUUUAUUGGAGGAAGUGGUACUAAAAGCCUGAAACUUCUUAAUUUUGUUGUGCGCUCCCCCUGGAAGACAAUUGAUGCUAUUGGUGAGGUCAAACAACCAGUACUUUUCCUCUCUGGACUGCAAGAUGAGAUGGUCCCUCCAUUUCACAUGAAAAUGCUGUAUGCGAAAGCGGCUACACGUAACUCUCAGUGCACAUUUGUGGAAUUUCCAAGUGGGAUGCAUAUGGAUACGUGGCUGACUGGUGGUGACGUUUACUGGAGAACGGUCAUGCAGUUUCUUGCAAAGCAUGCGCCUGAGGAGAGGAAACCCGAAACAGGUAACUAGCUGACGAAGCUGUGCGUUAGAGGAAGUUUUCGACUCAGUUAGCUCCUAGUGCGACCUGAAACGUUUAGUAUCUUUAUAAGAAUGUGUGUGGGUAUGUUGCAUUUUGGGAUUGAGAGAUACAACUUGUUCUGAGAGUAAGAUGCUGGAUAAAGGAGCCUGUGGGAGAUGGCAAAUGUACGUUAAUCAUAUGCAUUUUUGCGUUGUUUCAGUUUUGAUUUCUUCUGUUUUUCUGGUUAUUUAACUGUUGGUGUCUUCACUUAUGAUAACUAACCCUUCCCUCUAAAAUGAUAAUUGCUUUGUAGAUGAUUGAGAAAGUGCAAAACACUGGUUAUAUGAUUAAAUCUCGA